CUGGCAUUGUUUAUAGGAGAACCACGUCAUACCUUUAUCUGUAGCCUUCCCCUAGGUCUUAAGGUUCCAGAAACUUUACUGUGAGGACAUUGGAUUUGGUGGAACAGCAAUCAUGACCGUGGGCAAGAGCAGUAAGAUGCUGCAGCACAUUGACUAUAGAAUGAGAUGUAUCCUGCAAGAUGGCCGAAUCUUCAUUGGCACCUUUAAGGCCUUUGACAAGCAUAUGAACUUAAUCCUUUGUGAUUGUGAUGAGUUCAGGAAGAUCAAGCCAAAGAAUGCAAAGCAGCCAGAGCGUGAAGAAAAGCGGGUUUUGGGUCUGGUGUUGCUGCGUGGGGAGAACUUGGUUUCCAUGACUGUGGAGGGGCCACCCCCCAAAGAUACUGGCAUUGCUCGGGUUCCACUUGCUGGAGCUGCAGGAGGCCCUGGAGUUGGCAGGGCAGCUGGCAGAGGGGUACCAGCUGGUGUCCCAAUUCCCCAGGCUCCUGCUGGAUUAGCAGGUCCUGUCCGAGGAGUUGGAGGGCCAUCUCAACAGGUAAUGACUCCCCAGGGAAGAGGCACCGUAGCAGCUGCUGCAGUUGCUGCUACUGCUAGCAUUGCUGGAGCCCCAACACAGUACCCACCAGGUCGGGGGACCCCACCUCCACCUGUGGGCAGAGCAACCCCGCCUCCAGGGAUUAUGGCCCCUCCACCUGGUAUGAGACCACCCAUGGGCCCACCAAUUGGGCUUCCUCCGACUCGAGGGACCCCAAUAGGCAUGCCCCCUCCAGGAAUGAGACCCCCUCCACCAGGAAUUAGAGGUCCACCUCCCCCAGGAAUGCGUCCACCAAGACCCUAGGAUACUGUUGAUCCUUCUUAGUCACUUUUUUCCUGCAAUGCAUCUUGUAAAACUGUGUAGUGUUCGUGAGCUUUUUGUUUCCUCUUUGCUGCAUUAAUAUUAGCUAAUAAUAAAUGAAUAGAGCAAUUAAACUGCAAGGUACUGUGUA